AUGGAGAAAUUCUGCUCUAUCUGGAAGCACACAUUUUGGAACGGAGUUGGUGAUGACUUGCAUUAUAGAAUCAUCCAGGGAGGCCACAAGUCCACAUGGCUCUCCAGUUUCAAAACAUCCUCCCAGCGCAGGCUGCUGACCGUGGUGCUGCAGGGCGCGGCGGGCGUGGGGAAAACCACGCUGGCCAAGAAGUGGAUGCUGGACUGGGCCCAGGACCACCUCCCCGAGACACUCCACUCCGCCUUCUACCUCAGCUGCAAGGAGCUGGGCCGCCAGGGCGCCUGCACUUUCGCGGAGCUCCUGGCUAGGAAGUGCCCGGACGCGCAGGAGGCCGGCCCCCAGGCCCUCGCCCAGGGCCAGAAGGUCCUGGUGGUCAUCGACGGCUUCGACGAGCUCCGAGUGCCCUCGGGGUCCCUCAUCCACGACAUCUGCGGCGACUGGAAGGAGCCGAAGCCCGUCCCCGUCCUGCUGGGCAGUUUGCUGAAGAGGAAGCUGCUGCCCAAGGCCACGCUGCUGGUCACCACGCGCCCCGAGGCCCUGGGGGAGCUGCGGCCCCUGGUGGAGCAGCCGCUGCUCAUCGAGGCGGAGGGCUUCCUGGAGGCGGACCGCAGGGGCUACUUCCUGAGGCACUUCGAGCAGCGGGACCAGGCCCUGCGCGCCUUCCGGGCCAUGCAGGACAGCCCGGCGCUGUUCCCCAUGGGCGCGGCGCCCGCCGUGUGCUGGGUCGUGUGCACGUGCCUGAAGGGGCAGCUGGAGAAGGGGGAGGACCCGGCCUCCACCUGCCGGACCCCCACCUCGCUGUUCCUGCGCUUCCUGUGCGGCCAGUGCCCGCCGGCAGCCCCCGGCCGCGGCCCCGCCCCGCGCCUCCCCACUGCGCUCCAGGCCCUGAGCCUCCUGGCCGCCCGGGGCGUCUGGGCGCAGACGUCCCUGUUCGAUGGCCAAGACCUGGGGCGGCUGGGCGUCGGCGAGUCCGACCUGCGCCCGUUCCUGGACGGCAAGGUCCUGCAGGCGGACGCGGACUGCGAGGGCUGCUACGCCUUCCUGCACCUCAGCGUCCAGCAGUUCCUGGCCGCCCUGUUCUACCUGCUGGACGGCGCGGGGCCGGGGGACGCGGGCGGCUGCGGCUGCGCGCAGGACGUCGGGGACGUGCGCGCCCUGCUCUCCAAGGAGGAGCGGCUGCGGAACCCCAGCCUGACCCGCGUGGGCCACUUCCUGUUCGGCCUCGCCAACGAGGAGCGGGCCCGGGAGCUGGAGGCCACGUUCGGCUGCCGCGUGUCCCUGGACGUGAGGCGGGAGCUGCUGCGAGUGACGCGCGCCAGGGACUGGCCCUUCUCCUCCAGGGCGGACACCAGGGAGCUGAUGCGCUGCCUCUAUGAGUCUCAGGAGGAGGCGCUGGUGAGGGAGGCCCUGGCGCCCCUCGCGGAGCUGGCCCUGCACCUGCAGAGCGAGAGGGACCUCGUGCAAGCGUCCUUCUGCCUCAGGCACAGCCAGGCCCUGCGCGGGCUCUCGCUGCAGGUGGAGAAGGGGAUCUUCCUGGAGAAUGACAGGUUCUGGGAGCCAGGCACGUGGGCGGAGCGGUCCCAGCAAGACCAUCACGCUCUUUGUCGCUGGACGGAGCUCUGCUCUGUGCUGAGUUCCAACAAGAACCUGGCGCUUCUGGAAGUGAGUCAGAGCUACCUGAGCCACUCCUCCGUGAGGAUUCUGUGUGAGCAGAUGACCCGCGUCACCUGUAACCUCCAGAAGGUGGUGAUUAAGAACGUCUCCCCGGUGCACGCCUAUCGGGACUUCUGUCUGGCUUUGGUGGGCAAGAAGACCCUGACGCACCUGAUCCUGGAAGGCAGCAUCCACUGCGACAGCAUGCUGCUGCUGCUGCUGUGUGAGGCCCUGAAGCACCGGAGGUGCAACCUGCAGUAUCUCAGGUUGGGGUCUUGUUCUGAUUUCACUCACCAGUUGAAUGACUUCUCCUUGGCCCUCAAAGUCAACCAUUCCCUGAAAUCUCUGGACCUCACUGCCAGUGAGCUCGGGGAUGAGGGCGUCAAGUUGCUGUGUGGGAACCUGAGGCACCCAAAUUGCUUCCUACAGUGGUUGUCGUUGGAAAACUGUCACCUGACGGAAGUCUGUUGCAAGGAGCUCGCCUCCACUUUGAUGGUCAACCAGAGGCUGACACACCUGUCCUUGGCCAGGAACAACCUUGGAGACGGUGGGGUGAGACUUCUGUGCGAGGGUUUGAGUUACCCGGAAUGUCAGCUACAGACCCUGGUGUUGAGCCAGUGCAGCAUAACCAGAUGCGGCUGCCAACACAUCUCCGACUUUCUCCAAGGAGACUCCAGCCUGACCCACUUGGACCUGAGCCUCAACCCCAUCGCGACUGGAUUGUGGUUUCUCUGUGAGGCGUUGAAGAAGCCAGGCUGCAACCUCAAAUGCCUGGGGCUCUGUGGCUGCUCCCUCCCGUCUUUCUGCUGGCAGGACCUGGCGUCUGCCCUGGCCAGCAACCAGAGGCUGGAGGUCCUGGACCUGGGCCAGAACUCCUUGGGGCAGAGCGGGAUCACCGUGCUCUUCGAGGCCCUGAAGCAGAGAUCCAGCCCUUUGAAGAGGCUCCGGCUGAGGGCCGACGAGUCCAGCGCCCAGACCCAGAAGCUGCUGAAGGAAGUGAGAGACAGCAACCCCAAGCUGAACAUCGACUGCAAGGCUGCCCAAGCGGCCAGCUCCUUCUGCGAAUUCCCUUUCUUUACGCCCCAAGAUAACUUCCCAGUUAUCUAUUAG